CCGCCGCUGCCUCUGGCUCCACAUCUUCGGCCGCCACCAGUGGUGUCGGGACAGGUAUAGAACUUUUAUCCACGAGUAACCAAGCCACAGUUGCUACCAAUGUAACUAGUGUCCUGUCUACAUCCACCUCAUCCUCUUCUCCUUCGUCGUUAUCCUCGCCCGGAGCGGCGGCAUCCUUAGUGCAACAUCAAAGCCAGGCUCUAAGCGGUGGCCUGAACAUAAACGUGCCACCUCAACCGCCGCCAGCACAUUUGUCUCCGUCCCAGCGUAACCAGACGUCAAGUCCAUCUUCGGUUAUCUUACACGGCCACACUCACCAUCACCAUAGUAUUAACACUCUCACCUCUUCUUCUGCAAACUCAACUAGUGCGGUGACAUCACACCCGCCCAAUAUGUUGGUCAACAGUGUGGUUACGGCAGUGUCGGCUGCCGCCGCUGCUGCCGCAGCAGCGGCCGGAGCCACAGGGGUAUGUAAGUUGACCAAACCAUCAACAUACAGUUCCCCACCACCAAUUGCUAAUAACCCUGAAAACAACGUCUGCAAAUUAAUUGAGUACCGUGGUGCAAAGGUAGCGGCUUUUAUGGUUAAUGGAAUCGAACUGAUAUGCCUACCGCAAGCAUUUGACCUGUUCCUCAAACACCUAGUCGGUGGUUUGCACACUGUUUAUACGAAACUGAAACGUCUAGAUAUCACACCGGUCGUUUGUAAUGUUGAGCAAGUAAGAAUUCUUCGCGGUUUGGGAGCGAUUCAACCAGGAGUUAACCGCUGCAAGUUGUUGUCGUGCAAAGAAUUUGAUAUUCUCUAUGAGGACUGUACGAAUUCCAGUGCCAGACCAGGAAGACCCCCCAAACGCAGUCCAUCUAUUCACGCUAGCCCGGAGACAUUGGAAAAAUUGAAAAAAAGUCGGUUAGAUGGAAAUGAAUAUCAGUAUGAUCCAAGAAUUUAUGUUGUAGGAAAAGAAUACGAAAGGAUCCUAGCUGAUGAGUUCAAAAUAUUUGGUUAUCCAUCCACUAUAGCUGGUGAACGAAAAAAUAUUCUCAAUGGCUACCCUCAUCAUCCGUAUGCUCUUGGAGCCCUUCCCUACAUGCCACUAAAUCACCCCAUAAUGUCACCUCCAGUGUCAAUGACAAUGGCAAACCAUUUAACAAUGCGUCCUGAAGCGCCAAUUAUGAAAGAACGCUCAAGUUCAGAAUCAGAUGUUUUAUCUCCAAAACUGCCGAUUUUUGUUUACAGGUCCAGUGAUGACCGAUCUGAAGGAGGUAUGAAGAUUACAGACAAAGUUUCACAUCACAUGGUCGACAAAAGCUAUCCUUCGUUAAGUCACAGCGAUUUGAGUCAUAAACCUCUCAAUCUUCAGAUUAAUGGCCAUGUGAGGGAUCUAUCGAAAACAGCCCCAAAACAGGAUUAUGAUGAUGACGAUGAUAAUGAUGACAAAGACUCAGACGAUGAUAAAGACGAUGAGGACAGUGCUGAUACCAAUGAUUCUUUACCAAAUGGUGAUAUGACAGAUAAAAUCCCAACAUCGAGUCAAAGUUUUGCCUCACAACUCCUCAAUGGAGAUACUCCGAGUAUAUCCUCAAUAGAAACCCUUUUACUCAAUAUUCAAGGACUCCUGAAAGUGGCUGCAGAGAAUGCCAGACACCAUGAACGGCAAAUCAACUUUGAAAAAGCUGAAUUAAAAAUGGAAUUGUUGAGAGAGCGUGACCUCCGUGAAAAUAUGGAAAAGCAGUUGUUAGACGAACAAAGGACUCGAGUGAUGUUACAGAAACGGUUGAAAAAAGAGAAAAAAACCCGCAGGAAAAUGCAAGAACAAAUGGAUAUGAUUGAACAGAGAAAUAACAUGAUGAGUGGUGAACGGAUGUCAACGCCACCUGGUGAGAAUAUCAUCAACACCAACGAUUGCCACAGUCAGGAUAUGGAACGAGAAAGAAGUUAUAUGGAAGCUGCUGAAAGAAAGCUACAAGAUUCCCAAGAGAGGACACCGCAUCUGUACGAGACCUACAUGACUCAUGCAGGCAGCCCUGGUGCCACGCGUUUUGCUUACCAUCCUCUCGUCAAAAACGAUGUCCAAUGAAUACAAACGACAUUGUUUCACGGUGAAUUCUUGCUGACCAAAGAUCAGUAAUAAUAAUAAAAAAUUAUAAUAAUAAUAAUGAUAAUGAUAAUUAUUACUAAUAAUGAUGAUGAUGAUAAUUAUUAGCGAGAUGGAAAAGGAAAAACGAAUACAAAACAACACAUGGACAUGAAAAUGAAAUGAAAUAAUAAAAAAAGAGACAAAAAAAAUGAAGAUUUAAAAAACAACAAAACAAACAAAUCAGCUUAUUAAUUAUAAUGUUAAUUACAAUGAAGUAUAGAGACACAACAUAUAAUAAUAAUAAUGUCAGCAUCUUCAGAAUUGAAGCAACCUACAGCAUCUCACCAUCAUAACAUGUGUGUGUGUGUGUGUGCGUGUGUGGUAGACAAUUCCGGGUGGUAGACAAUUCCGGGUGCAAUUUCAACUGGGUAAGUUUCUAAGGUGAAAGAGUUGCAUGAGUGGUUUGGCUGUG